GCACUCUCGGCGCGUCUCUCUGCUUCAACAUUUGUUUACAGCAUCCUAGAGAGCCCUUGCAAAGAGGCGCCAUGUUGAUCUAUCAGGAUAUUUUGACUAAUGACGAACUUCUCUCUGAUUCAUUUCCUUACAAGGAAAUUGAGGGAGGACUGUUAUGGGAAGUUGAGGGAAAGUGGGUUGUUCAAGGAGCCAUUGAGGUAGAUAUUGGAGCAAACCCAUAUGCAGAAGGUGGUGAAGAGGAUGAUGGUGUGAAUGACACGGCCACUAAGGUUGUUGACAUCGUUGAUACGUUUAGACUCCAGGAGAUAGCUAGCUAUGAUAAAAAGAACUUUGUAGUAUACAUGAAGAAAUACAUUAAAGCAAUAUCCGGUAAGUUGACUGGGACUGAACUAGAGGAGUUCAAGAAGAAAAUUGAGCCAGCAACGAAGUACCUGCUCGCAAGGCUCAAGGAUUUGCAAUUUUUUGCUGGCGAGAGCUGUACAAAUGAUGGCAGUCUUGUGUUCGCUUACUACAAGGAGGGUGCCACUGACCCUACAUUCAUCUACCUUCCCUGUGGUCUCAAGGAGGUUAAGUGCUAAGUGGUCGAUUACCC